GCCUGCCUGUGCCCUGCGCCUCCACGACGUCAACAACUAUUUCCUGGCCAGAUGGCCACGACAUUUUUUUUUCAGCUUCCCACCCUCUUUGCAUCGCCAUUGACGGCCUUCAAUAUCCCCCACGUUACGGCAAUCUACCUUUCUUGGUGACGAGUCCAUGUUGAAAGUCUCUUGUCUGGUGUCGAGGAAUGUCCAACAAUGUCUCCAACUUCGCAACUCGCGUCUCAACCGCCGAUGGCGCCUUUGCAGAUCCUUACGAUCACGAAAUCUCCUUGAUCGACGCCACUGAAGCGGCGGAUCCUCCAGAGCAAGAUGCACCUCAACCAAGUUCGGCCAGUGCACAAUCCAGCAGACUGUCGAAGAUUCCCACCAAAGCCUUGGUCAAAGAUCAACUCGUCAAGAGAAAAUAUGCCAAAUGGCAGGCAGACCGCGUGGCUACACAUUCCAGCGUGGAUGAACCGCAGCCGCAAGGAUCAAGGCCGGCGUCGGAGCCGGUCGAAGAAGGCGAGCACGCUCAGCCCACACAGACCGUGGACUUUGCACACGACGGGUCGGUCAAUCGAGGGCAAAAGAGCGUGGAAAAGAGGAGGCUAGAGUCGAAGCGGCUCAAGCACCAAGUUCAUGAGAUUGACAUACUCUACGAGAACCAACGCGGUUCUUUCUUCUGUGGCAUCCCUCUCUACUCCCACUCCUCACUCUUGCCCGUCGACCCAGGACCCUGGGUGAACAAAGACUUCCACGACUCGCCCGUCAACAUCACGAACGCUCAGGUGCCGGAUCCGAGCUGGGAAUGGGCAUGGAAAACUUGGUACGUGGACAUGAGUUAUGACGUGGACGAAGAAGGUUGGCAAUACUCGUUUUCGUUUGGACAGAACUUUUCCUGGCACGGUACACAUCCCUGGUUUCAUUCCUUCGUCAGGCGCAGGAGGUGGCUUCGGAAGCGGGUCAAGAGGGACGACGGGAGGCUCCGCGUUCGGCCGGGGAGUGUAGGCGCUGCCCAUCAUCUUACCGGCGACUACUUCACGAUCCAUUCGAAACGUGACCGGAGCCCCGCGAGUGUCGUCGAGGGCACCGCCCAGACCGCCAGGCCGGCCAGUUUUUUGAGCUAUCAGAGUACGACCGCGUCGGAGCUGCCUCCCGAGGACGUCAAGGACAUCGCCAGUCUGCUCAAAGCACUCAAGCUCGCCGCGGUCGAUCGGGAGAAGAUUGACUUGGUCAAGCACUUCGUCAACCAAGCCGGCGACGAACUUUACUAUUUGGGAGAGCACAUACCCGACAUCAUGUCAUUCCUCGUCUUCCAGAACUCGAGGACUCAGUUGCUGGCCCAUCUUAAGAAGACCACCGACCACGCCCGCCGGCAUCGGCAGAAGCACGAAGAUGAGAAACGGCCCGAGAGCGACGAAGAGAGCCGCAGGAUUGACAACUUGGUGAAGGCGGUCGACGCCGCCAACGCGCAAAUAGGUGGCCUUGAAUUCUGGAGCGACCGGAAGCACGUGCUCAAGAUCUCCGACGACAACGCCCUGGAGACGAGGGCGAUUGCGACCAUUUUCGACGCCCCAGCUCCCAAGCCCAAGGUGGAAGAAGACCCGGUCAAAGAGAUCAGGGGGAUUCCAGCAUCGGCAGACUUGAAUGGACAAAGGACGGCGUCGGCCGAGGCCAAAGAUGAAGAUAAAGAUGAGAAGGAGGAGGAGAAGAAGAAGCAGGACAAGGGCAAAGGCCGAGCGAGGGAUCACGAUAGCGAGGAUGACCAAGUCGAAGCCGACUCGAGUUCGACUCCGACCCCUAGACUUCGGCCAGACCAAGUGCUCAUUCCGGACUCAGAUUAGGGAUCUGCGGCAUGGCGGCAGUGUAUUGUACAUUAGCGACGGCGUUGGCGGGCAUUCUGUUUCAUACAAUCAAUAAUUGGCUAUUCCCAGGGUUUAGUGGGGCUAGUGUCAGGUGACGAGGCUGGGAAUUCAAUUUAGCCAAUCGGGAAUAGCGUGCUGUGGUGCACGCGUCCGCGCCCGCGUCCAGCUCGCGUUUUAAUCAGAGGCCGGGGCAUUGACCAGACCAGUGCACGGCCCUCUAUAGCAGUUCAAAUAAAACACCGAGGUCCCUGCUGAA